GAAGUCUUUAACAUAAUGUGGUAUUCCUUGAAAUGUGUUGGUGUCCGAGGUCUACUACUGUGUAUUUAUAGUGUGUUUUAUGGUCUGCAGGACAAGAACAAACUGAUGGAUGCUUUAAAGCAUGCUUCCAACAUGCUGGGUGAGCUGAGGACCUCCAUGCUUUCUCCAAAGAGCUACUACGAGCUCUAUAUGGCUAUCUCUGAUGAACUCCACUACCUAGAGGUUUAUCUGACUGAUGAAUUUGCCAAGGGACGCAAAGUGGCAGACCUCUAUGAGCUGGUCCAAUAUGCCGGCAACAUCAUCCCUAGACUCUAUCUGCUGAUCACAGUGGGUGUGGUGUACGUUCGCUCCUUCCCCCAGUCUCGUAAGGACAUCCUGAAGGAUCUGGUUGAGAUGUGUCGUGGUGUCCAGCACCCGCUCAGAGGCCUCUUCCUCAGAAAUUACCUGUUGCAGUGUACACGCAACAUACUCCCAGAUGAUGGAGAGCAGUCAGAGGGAACAGAGGAGAUGACCGGUGACAUCAACGACUCCAUCGACUUUGUCCUCCUAAACUUUGCGGAAAUGAACAAGUUGUGGGUUCGAAUGCAGCAUCAGGGUCACAGCCGAGACCGAGAGAAGAGAGAGAAGGAACGGCAAGAGCUAAGAAUUCUGGUGGGCACCAAUCUAGUUCGCCUCAGCCAACUGGAGGGUGUCAACGUGGACAAGUACAAACAGAUUGUUCUUCCUGGUGUUCUGGAACAAGUUGUGAACUGUAGAGACUCGUUGGCUCAGGAAUAUCUAAUGGAGUGCAUCAUCCAGGUUUUUCCCGAUGAAUUCCACCUUCAAACCCUGAACCCUUUCCUGCGGUCUUGUGCCGAGCUCCAUCAACAUGUCAAUGUCAAGAACAUCAUUAUUGCCCUCAUUGACAGACUUGCUCUGUUUGCUCAUCGAGAAGAUGGCCCAGGCAUUCCAGCUGAGAUCAAACUGUUUGACAUCUUCUCUCAGCAAGUGGCCACUGUCAUUCAGUCUCGCCAGGACAUGCCAUCAGAAGACGUGGUCUCUCUUCAGGUGUCUCUCAUCAAUUUGGCCAUGAAAUGCUACCCUGACCGUGUUGACUACGUAGACAAAGUCCUGGAGAGCACUGUGGAGAUAUUCAACAAGCUCAACUUAGAACACAUAGCGACCAGCAGCGCAGUGUCAAAGGAACUCACCCGGCUGCUGAAGAUUCCAGUGGAUACCUACAAUAACAUCUUGAUGGUUCUGCAGCUCAAGCACUUCCCACCACUCUUUGAAUACUUCGACUAUGAGUCACGCAAGAGCAUGAGUUGCUAUGUGCUGAGCAACACGCUGGACUACAACACCACCAUCGUGGCUCAGGAACAGGUGGACGCCAUCUUGAACUUGGUAUCCACGCUGAUACAAGACCAGCCAGACCAGCCCUCUGACGAUCCUGACCCAGAGGACUUUGCUGAGGAGCAGAGCCUUGUGGGUCGUUUCAUCCAUCUGCUCCACUCCGAAGAUCCUGAUCAGCAGUAUCUUAUUCUUAACACAGCUCGGAAACACUUUGGUGCUGGUGGAAACCAACGGAUUCGCUACACGCUGCCUCCUCUGGUGUUCGCUGCCUACCAGCUAGCCUUUAGAUACAAGGAAAACUCCUCAACGGAUGAAAAGUGGGAGAAGAAGUGCCAAAAGAUCUUUUCCUUCGCCCACCAGACCAUCAGUGCUCUUAUCAAGGCUGAGCUGGCUGAGCUGCCUCUUCGACUGUUCCUGCAGGGGGCGCUGGCGGCAGGCGAGAUUGGCUUUGAGAACCAUGAGACUGUAGCCUAUGAGUUCAUGUCACAGGCCUUCUCACUGUAUGAGGAUGAGAUCAGCGACUCCAAAGCCCAGUUGGCGGCUAUCACACUGAUCAUCGGUACCUUCGAGCGAAUGCGAUGUUUCAGCGAGGAAAACCACGAGCCUCUGAGGACUCAGUGUGCGCUGGCUGCGUCCAAGCUGCUGAAGAAGCCUGACCAGUGCAGAGCUGUCAGCAUCUGCGCCCAUCUGUUUUGGUCAGGUCGCAGCACUGACAAAAAUGGUGAAGAGAUCCGUGAUGGUAAGCGGGUGAUGGAGUGUCUGAAGAAAGCCCUAAAGAUUGCCAACCAGUGCAUGGACCCAUCCCUGCAAGUCCAGCUUUUCAUUGAAAUCCUUAACAGAUACGUCUGCUUCUAUGAGAGGGAAAAUGAUGCGGUGACAGUCCAGGUAUUAAAUCAGCUGAUCCAAAAGAUCAGGGAAGAUCUUCCCAACCUGGAAGCAAGUGAAGAGACGGAGCAGAUCAACAAACAUUUCCAUAACACACUGGAGCAUCUCCGUCUGCAGAGAGAAUCCCCUGAGUCUGAGGGCCCUGCCUAUGAGGGCCUGGUCCUUUAAAACUGAUGCGGGCUGAAAGGGUGAUAAGUCCCUCCCUAGAUGUUACACUAUAUUAUGAAUAUACAACUGCACACACUCACGAGAACUCACAAAAUAUUAUCCUCUAGGCCAGGAAUGAAAAUAAAUGUCAAGAGAGCUAAAAGAACUCAGUCCUUCAUGUUAUUGUUCAUUUCUCUGUAUCAUUUCCUCUCUGUCCCUCACUUGCAGAACUGUUUUUCUGCAACAGGGUGGACACAUUAAAGAAGCAUGUGUCAGCAAUACUGCACGUAACUUCAGUGUGCUCUUGUGGCAAGUCCUAGGCACCAUUCCUUUAUGAAUUGACUCUUGAGCAGUCUGUAUCUUGCCUCAUUUUCCUGUUGAUAGUAGACCUACCGGCUGUGAUCAGUGUAUCCACUGAGUCAUCCACCCCUCACUUGUUCAUAUCUGUCGUAUUGAGAACUCAACAGAUUAGCUGAGCGGAUAAAGGCUGCAGAAUCUUGUUGUGGUCUUACAGCUUUGUUGCAUACAACCUAGUCUCCAAACAUGACUGAUCAGAAACUCUGCUGUGUGUAGCGAGUUGUACGCAGGUUGUGCCAAACCAAACUGUAGACCAGACCAACUGAAGAACACAAUGUGGUUCCCUUUAAAAUCUGAUGAAUGUUUUAGAAUCUUGUCAGACUGUCUGUGGGAGCGUAGGGCAGUUAAUAACAUUUAGCUUUGCCCCCAAUACUUGUGACAUCUAGCUUGGUUACAAAGACAAUACAAGUAACCUUGCAUAUCCAGUGGUUUGUAUAUGGGAAAUUGUCCUAUUUUUCAAAAGAUCCUAUCCCCUCACACUCAAGAAGUGCUUCUCUGUAAUGACAUCAGAUAUGUCUCUCCACCUCUAUGGAUUCGUUCUUGUCUUAUUUCUGGACUUCUUACUAAUUGAUAGAUCUGAGUGUACGUCUCCCAAAAGGCCCGGUUUUCAGUUUACUCUGCAUCGAUCUCAUGAACUACAGUGUCUGAAUUGCUUCCUUUUUUUUGGAUCAAUGAAACCCUGUUGGUCAGUGACCAUUUCCUUUUUGGACUAAUAUGCUGAACAGAUGCAGCAAUUCCUCAGGAUUGUCUGUUGAUUGACAGGUUGCUAUACAGAAUAUCUAAUGAUGUACCAGAAUUUGGGAAUUGUUUGCCGGGGCAUCUGUUGAUUUAUUUUUUUUUUCUCUCUCUCUUGCCUAUUGUUGAUUUGUUGGAGGCAGUAUUGACCAGUUCCUUUUUGCUUUUAAAUAUGUGUUUAAACCCACUUGUAAAUCAGAUAAAUAAAAAUGCAGAUUAAAUAGAAAUUAUCAUUGUCAUUUACUGAAAUAAAAUUGAGAUUAACAAAAAAAAA